AUCCUUUAAUAGUCAAUUCAAAUCCACUCACAAAAGCUUUCAGGAUCAACACCAUAUCUUCACUUCUGUACCAGGUUGUCACUACAGGAAACCCCAUUCUAGAUUAUGAAACUAUGCCCCACGCAUUUGAACUGCAGAUCCUUGUUGCUGAUACCGCUGGAGCAAUUGAUCUACAGAUUCUGACAGUCCAAGUGCUUGAUGUAAAUGAACCUCCGGUGUUUCAAGGCAACUUGGCAACUCAAACUGUUGUAGUCUACAUCUUGGAAAACACAUCAGCAGGACCUAUUUAUCAAAUUCAUGCAGGGGAUCCUGAAAAGACACCCUCCAGAGAAAUUAAGUUUUCCCUGAGUCCAGCUUCCCCAUUCUUUGCAGUUUCUCCAGCUGGAACCAUUUCUGCUUUGAAGUCAUUUGAUUUUGAAAAAGAUCCACCCAGCUAUACAUUAAAUGUUACCAUAACAGACCACCUUGGUGUUAGUGUUGUUAGGACUCUGAUGGUCAAUAUCAUAAACACUAAUGAUGAAGCUCCUUACUUCACCAUGAUUUGUGAAGAAGCACAACCAGGAACAUUUGUUGCCAAUGUAACAGCGACGGACCCAGAUGGUGAAGAUUUUAUUCAUAGCCUUCGCUACAGCCUGGGUGUUCCUGAAGGGAUCCCUAAUUUCUACAUCAAUCCAAUAACUGGUAUGGUUCUGGUAGCUGGACGGAUAGAUCGUGAUGCUUCUCCAAUCAAAACCCACCCCAAUAUUUCUUUGACAAUUCAUGUUGAGGAUAGCCUUACUCAUGAAGGAACUGUGGAAACCGAAAUUUUCGUAAUGAUUGACGAUAUCAACGACAAUCCACCAAAUUGCAAGCAAUACAAUCACUGGAGGAUAAUUUCUGAAACGGAUUCUCCUGGAUUAGAAAUUAUCAAUUUACGGAAUGAUUGCGAAGACAUUGAUACUGAGUCACCAAACUACCUGUUUAACUUCACUGAACUGUCUGGAGUUGGAAGUAAUAAAUUCACCCAGGAUCCUCCUCACUCUGGAAUAAUUAAGCUCAUAGGAAAUGUAGACUUCGAAAAUAAAACAGGCGGGAGCGUGCAGAGACAAUAUAUUCUGAAUACUGUCAUCCGGGAUAUUUCUUGGCCUUACUUUUCUAGUGAGUAUCAACUUUCCUUCCUGCCCCCUUUUUGCCCCAUUUUUUUUCUGGAAGAAGAGAUCUCUUUAAAUGGGGCUUGUCGUUCUGUGUCAUCCUUCAUGUUUUUCUUACUUGCUGUAUUUACAGAGCUAAUCUUCAUUUACAUCAAAAUUCAACCAAAGAAUGAGUUUGAUCCGGUCUUCAGUAGGUCUUUGUACAUUUUUAAUGUAUCUGAAUUAGAACCACCUCGGUCCUCUAUUGGAGGAGUACUUGCAACUGAUGAGGAUUUACCUUCCACUGGAAUAUCUUACUCAAUUUUGUAUGGAGAAAGCAGCGAAGGUGUUGCAGACUUACUUUUAAUUCAUCCCCGGUCGGGCAUUUUGAGGAACACAAAGCGAUUAGACUAUGAAGAAAAUCAAAUGCACUUCCUCAUGGUGCAAGCUUCGGACAAUGAAGGCAGGAUCGGGACUUCAUCUGUAAUAAUAAAUGUUCUUGAAGCAAAUGAUGAACCACCAAACUGCACACCUUCUUCACAGUUGCUGAAUAUGCCAGUGGAUCUAAGUUUGGGCAUUAUUAAUGGUUUCAGUAUUUCUUGUGUGGAUCGGGAUUCAAGUCCGAGAUCAUUCCGAUAUACUAUUACAUCAGGUAAUGUGAAUAACCAUUUCACCUUUUCUCCAAACGCUGGCUCGAACAUCUCACGGCUGGUAUUUGCCACCCCAUUUGAUUAUAAGACAGGACUGGAUAGAGUUUGGGAAUACCACCUGUUGGUUUCUGUAACGGAUGAUAAUCUGUUAUCGAGCACCGAAAGAGCUGCAGUCCACAUUCGAACUGGCACAGUAACCUUGACCAUCAGAGUCAUUCCAGACCCCACCACUGUGAUUCCUACAACACCUGGUGUUACCAUUGUGACCAGCAAAGAAAAUGUCUAUGCUUCAUCAGCUUGGUAUGUGCCAUUCUUCAUCGUCCUUGGCAGUUUGUUGCUGCUUGGAUUGCUUGGGUAUCUAGCCUUUUUGCUGGCAAAAUACCUCCGUGCCCAUUGCCCUCCCAGAGCUGACACAAAGCCACUGAUAGACCUGCCAGAAAAGAACAAAGUAGAGAAGACAAAGAAAGAAGUAAUAUGGGAAAUGACCAACUUAAAUCCUGUUUUCGAUGGGGAAGCAAUAGAUCCAGUCACUGGAAGACUGUAUGAGUAUAAUUCAAAAUCUGGGGCACGAAGAUGGAAAGAUACCAGUGUGCCUUCCAAGAUUGAAGUAAAGGAUCCUGCUGUACGAGUAACAACUCCUCCAAAGAGUCAUGAAGGCAAUCGACCCAAGGCAGAAGCUAAUACUAGUGGUGGUAAAGGGGAUCUCCAACAGAAGUUGAGACCUCCAAAAAGUGGUGAAAGGAAUCAACCCAAAGCAGAGGCUGAGACUGGUGAUAGUCAAGGAGAUCUUAAGCAGAAGAAACCUCCAAAGAAUGAUCAGACAGAUGAUCUAUUCAAAACAGAAGAUGAAACCAGAAGACAAAAUCACAUAGAACCAAGGGCCUCAGACAAGACUGAAAGUUUUCCAAACGACAACCUAAAAUUACAGAAGCCAAAAGAAGACCCUCCAAGCAACAGAUCAUCUUCAACCGUUCCCCCACGCAGGUCCCCCAUCCCCUCACCCAAAAUAUAUCCAAAAUAUCAAAAUCAAUUUUAAAAACCAGAACCAAGUGUAAUAUGAUUGUAAUCCAGAAAACAGGACAGCUAUUCUGGAUGCCUGUCAGCCCUGUUAAUAGACCAGAUCAGGAAACCAACUCCACAGGAAGAUUAGAAUUAUUUUCCAAUCUAUACAGUAACAACAUUUUGCAAGUCUGCUUGUAUGUCAUCAUCCCUUCCAUUUUUUGCAUCAGGGAGAGCCAGCCUCAGCCUGCUCCUAAUACAAGCUCACGUCCCAGGCUAAAAGGGAUGUUUCUGCCCUUGUUGCUUUUGUAAGGGCUUCUGAAUAUUCCCUUGAAGGCCAUCUCCAGCACAGGGUUAGUGUAGACUUCCAGAUUUGCACUGCACCCAGGAAGGAUGCUCCCCACUAGCAGCUUCUGCGCGAUAACAGUGCUCACAAUGUAGUCCAGCUGCUCGAAACUUCACAUAACAGGAACAUGAGUGACUUACAUAUUUUCAAAGCAUCUUUGACGUUUUAUUAAUCUGAUGAAUGCAAUCAGAUCUCUUCCCAAAAUGCAACGGGAAAACCAGUCAAGGCUUGGUUGUAAAAGAACAAAAAUGCUAUUCCGCAGAAGAUAUCGUUGAUGCAUGAUUAAUACCAUGCUUAUAUGUGCAGACCUUUAGAUUGUUGCUCUGCAUUUCGAUAAGAUAGCAGAAAGCUUCAGCAUGAAGAUCUGAGAGCAACAAUGAAAAAUGUCUAGAGAAGUGCAUUUUAGAUAUCGUGGCCCAGUUCAAAUACCAUGUUUUACUGGAUCAUAUGUGGGCUUAGUGCAUCAUAUGAAAAAACACUUAAAUGAUUCAGAGUAUUAACUUUGAGGGGGGUCAUUCUUAGUAAAACCACUUGAAAUAACCUUAGUUAGUAGCUCCAUCUUAGCAAUUCCACCUCUCUUACGAACCAUGGAUUUGGUUAGAAUUGCUCCAGGCACUCUAUCCCUGUUUUCUUUUCGGUUUUUGUUCUCCUGUGGCUCUCCAGGUGAGUGAAAAAAGGGGCAAUAAAUAGGUGAGGAGAGAUACGGUAUCCAACCUGGUGUAUGGUGAGAGAUGACCUUAGUCAUGCCACUGUGUUUAAGAGCAUUUUGGUGAUGGUGGAAAUAAAAAGGGGGAGGGAGGACUCUCAACUUUCUUCAUGCCAGCUGGUGGGGGGGUGUCUAAAAAUAAGGCUACUGGGACAGCUGACUUAAAUCAUCCUAGGCUGUCCACUGCUGGAGUAUGGAGGUGAGUUAAUUUACGGAGAAAACAAUGUUUCAGUCACGCGGCAAUAGUAUCUAUGUAGAGAAGUAAAUUAAAUUUGGAAAUGUUACACGGCAGUAAUAAUGAAGCACCCAUGUCAAGCUUUAUUUUAGUGUCUGCACCUUUGAUUGAUUUUUGAUUAUGUGCCAUCAAGUUGCUGUUAACUCUGAGUGACCACUGAGGUAGAUUUUCUCAAUGAUCUGCACUUUUACCAUCUACAGUGGUACCUUGGUUCAGGAACUUAAUUCGUUCUGCGACUCUG